AAAUAAGGAUGUUAAUUUGGGAUGUUGAUUGACUCUAUAUGUUUGAGUUCGAGAAAUCAUGUUUGAAUAGAUUUAAUUUACCUUCAAAUUUCUUACUUAGUUUUUUCUAGGCUUUUAAGUUCCUUUUACUACAUUAUUCUUUAUUGGCAAAGUUCAUGAAGCCAAUGAGUCUGUAUUUAGAGUGAUCAUCAAGGUACGUUUAUUACAUAAAAGAGUCUUCUUGAAGGCAUUUUUGAUAAAUUGAAGGUGUCGAAUUAUUGAAAUAGACUUAAUUAUCAUUAUGAAUCGCGUGGCAUCAUUUCGUCAAGCUCCGGAAAAUUAUCAUCCCCGGUUUUCAUUUGUAAGAUUAUCAGAAGCAGGUUUUAGCUACACAGGUGAAAGUUCGUUUGUCCAAUGUCAAGGUUGUGGAAAAAAAGUGUCAAUGGAUGACAUGGUCAACGAUGGGGAGAUAAUAAGCCCAAAUGAUGUCAAGUUCCACAACUCUAUAUGUGAAUUUGUGGAUAAGGUAAGCGCAGAGAUGGAGAACUGUCGUGGCGAAAUGAUGUUCUUUCCUAAUCACACCUGUCUCCAGCUAAAUGUGUGCCGUGGGUUCUCACAUUCAAAUGGAAAACAUCAUAGGGAACAGCAAUCUGUCACGCAGACAUCAAGCAGUUCUAGCAAAACUUGUAUCUACGAUGAAUCCCAAGAUGUUGAUUAUGAGAUACAAAUAAAGAAUCCACAAUCCACACAAAAUGACAUGGAAUGCAGUAAAAAUCCUGGCCACUUUGGUUAUUUUCCAGUGAGCAAUUUCAAAAUGGAUCAUCUGCCAGGACUUUCCAGAAAUCCUUAUGUGCUUAAAAUUUUACAGUUGCUUGCUCUGAUGACUGUGAAAAUAAAUGUCAAAAUGUGUAACACGUCUGGUUGUUAUCAUCAAUCUGGAACUGGUUUUGUUUUACUAGAGACUCGUGAAUCUCCAUCAAAUAAGAAUGUCGCUUUAUCUGCAUGUAACGGAACCAACAUCUCUUGUGGAAUGUGUAGAGAUAACUCCACUUCUGACACCGACAAUGAAGUAUACAUAAUUACAAGCAGACGUUUGGUGACUUGCAGUCCAGACCCUGGCAAUAUUACAGUCGACUUCUGCUGUGAUGAGCUUUUGAGUGGUCAAUCAACAACAAUUGAAGUAGCCUCGAUUCUUCCUAUAAACAAUAUUGAGUCGAUACUAGUAUGCCGUCCAAAGGAUGUAGCCUUUGUCCAGAAAAUACAUCACAUCAGAAGUCAAAUUCUAGAACUUGUUGGAAAUAUUCCAGAUAGCGUUAAAGAUUUCCUGAGUAAAAAAGUUUUUCUGAUACACCAUCCUCACGGCAAAGACAAAGUCUUAAGUCAUGGUGACUUUGUACAAGUCAAGUACACACUUAUAGCAGACGACAAGACUGGGACUGUAGCGCUUCAUAAAAUCUCAAGAUCUGAACCAGUAAUUGCAGAUGUGGCAGGAGCCGUGAAGAUGUUAAUGUACACAGCAGACACAUGUCAUGGCAGUACUGGGGCACCUGUCAUCACAUUCACUCAAAGGUCACCUAGAGGUCACUUCGAUCUGGACAUCUGGAUGCACGUUGGUCAGCACAAGACACACGGUCUAGGAUGCUCAGCAAUGAAAGCUUUGGAAAAAGUGGAUCUGGUUACAUUAAAAAAUUUUGCAAGCCAAGGUACAGCAAAGAAUGAUACAAAUGAGACAGCAACAUAUAAAGAGGAUGCUAAAGAUUCUUUGUGCAAGAGCCCUCUAUCGAGUCAACCAUCAUACCCAGCCUUUGGUAUCUACGAGAAACGCUUAGAAAGUUUUUCAAACUGGUCUCAUCAACAUAUCCAUCAACCCGAGUAUCUUGCUAGAAUUGGAUUCUUUUACGCAGGCUACUCUGAUUGUGUCCGAUGUUUCCAAUGUGGUCUGGGACUUCGUUCAUGGAAACCAGGAGACAACGUCCUCGAGGAGCACAAGAGACUCAGAGGGACAUGCCCGUUUCUACAGAAGUUGUUGGACAAUGUGACAAGAUGACAGACCGUCGCAAAGUGAGAAUGUACCACGUAUUGAAAGAUUUUUUAAUACGAGCAGUAAACACACCAGGUCUUAGAAGUACACAGAUGAGUGAUCUCUUUGCUGACGGUCUUGAAGAAAUAUAGCAAGAUGAUGAUGCCUGAAAGCAAAUGAGAAUGUGUGCCAAACUAGAGACCAAGACAAAGCCAACAAAUUAAGCCACAUCUGUGAAUACUAAAGUAUUAGUUUCCUUUGUUGCCAUUAAACAACAAAAUGAAUUAGCAGUAA